AUGGAGCUGCGCGAGGCAGGAGGUGCAGGUGUCUUAGUUUUCUGGAGGAAGAUGCGAGGAGCAGCGAGGAUGGGGCUCCUCUGGAGUCGCAUGGCCUGCACGUGUGCCGGGAUCGAGUGGAGGUCUCUAAGGCCUUGGCUGGCAUCCUGGUCGCAAACUUCCCUCCUCUGUGUCCCACCGGUGGCACGGAGCGCUGCUCGCUUUUGGCUUUUGAGGCCGGGUGUUUGUGUCCAUGCAGUCAGACAGGUUCCUGCUGUGCUGGUCGAUGGAUCAGGGAGAGCAGAGGGGCUGCAGCGUGUCGGGGGACUCCGCAGCGGCAGCCCGCUCCGCGCCGGCACCUUUGUGCCAGAAAUAACGUCUUUGCUGUCACUUUAUGGUGGACAAUUCAGCGGUGAGCAGGAAAUGCGUAUAAAUUCACCAUUUUGGAUUCUCAGUAUUCCUUCGGAAGAGAUGGCAAGGGGACUAAUGAAACGGACAGUAUGUGCAAAGUCUAUAUUUGAACUGUGGGGUCAUGGAAGAUCUGCAGAGGAGCUCUAUGGAUCUUUGAAGAACUAUCCAAUGGACAAGAUGCUUCCAUAUCUACAGUCAGACUCUACUUACAAAGUUCAUAUUCAUACAUUUAAUAAAACACUGACCCAAGCACAGAAAAUAAAGAAGAUAGAUGCCCUUGAAUUUCUGCCAUUCAAAGGAAAAGUGAAUUUAAAGAAUCCAGAACACAUCUUCUGGAUUUUGGAAGAUUAUGGAAUGGACCCUAAUAACGUUCCAGAAGAGCCCUUUCAUCUGUAUUUUGGUAGAUGGAUUGCAGAUGGCCAAAGAGAACUUAUCGAGUCCUACAGUGUAAAAAAGAGACACUUUAUUGGAAAUACUAGCAUGGAUGCCUGCCUGUCUUUCAUUAUGGCAAACCAUGGGAGAGUAAAACCCGAUGAUGUUGUAUAUGAUCCGUUUGUUGGGACAGGUGGCCUUCUGAUCUCCUCAGCACACUUCGGAGCAUAUGUGUGUGGUGCUGACAUAGAUUACAACACAAUCCAUGGAUUAGGCAAGGCAAGCAGAAAGAACCAGAAAUGGAGAGGGCCAGAUGAAAAUAUCAGAGCUAAUCUCCGACAGUAUGGGUUAGAGAAAUAUUACCUUGAUGCACUAGUUGCUGAUUCUUCAAGGCCAAUAUGGCGAAAAGGAAUGCUCUUUGAUGCAAUCGUUACAGAUCCACCAUAUGGUAUCAGAGAAGCUACUCGCAGAAUGGGUUCACAAAAGGAAACAGUUAAAUCAGCUGAAAGAAGCACAGAAAACCACGUCUUUGUUUCGUCCAGUUAUCAUCUAAGUGACAUCUUUUUUGACCUAUUGAAGUUUGCGGCAGAAUAUCUGGUGAUGGGAGGAAGAUUAGUUUACUGGCUGCCGAUAUACAGACCUGAAUACACAGAAGAGAUCAUUCCCUGCCACCCGUGCCUGAAACUUAUUAGCAACUGUGAGCAGAUGCUUUCUAGCCACACAUCGAGGCGCCUGAUAACCAUGGAAAAAGUGAAAGAAUACAAG